AGAAGGUGUCGUCAUCAUUGUGUUGGUUAUUUUCUAGGCUACAUACAUGAUUGACGGAAGAGAAAAUAUUUACAUCUGAUAGAGCUUUUAUAGUUUGAAUAACUAGGUAAAUUCAAAAAACUUCGAAAGGAAACAAGGCAAUCGUAUAUGUUCUAGAUUAGCCAGCAUGGCAACCAAGUGCGGACUGAUAACUGAUUCAUUCAAGGUGGUAAAGAAAGCAAGGAGGAGGGGGGCACAAGAGAAGAGGCCUACUCCUCCACCACAAAAAGAAUCUGAGACUGAAACAGUCAGAGAAGAGGAGCUGCAGAAGCUCAGACAGUUUGAUCUGGACUGGAGAUUUGGGCCCUGCACAGGUAUCGGCAGACUGCAGAGAUGGGAGAGAUCAAAGCUUCAUGGUCUGAACCCACCUGAGGAGAUCAGAGGCCUGCUGCUGAAAACACACUCUGACCCCAAGUACAAGCUGAGCCUAUGGAGCGAAUAUCCUUUGUGAAGAGGUCAUCCUAAAAAAUAGAAAAGAACACAGACGCCAACGAAAGUCAAAUCAAGUUUUUUCAUAUGUCGACAUUUUGAAUUAUAUACCCAAAUCAUAAAUCGGUCUCAGAGGGCUUCACAAAUCUGUAAAGCAUUGACCCUCUGUCCUUAGACCUUUAAAAACUCCAGAAGAAAACUUAUAAAAAAGGAGAAACCACAGCAACAGAGGAAGGAUCCCUCUUUCAGCAUGGAGACAGAAGAAUUACACAACAUACCGGUUGUUUUUUCUUGCAGUUGUACCAUGUUGUUUUCUACACACUAAGUUUUAUUAACAUUUUAAUUUAAAGAAUCUACCAAAACCCUG